AGAAGAUGAUCCUUGAUGGCCAUAAAUUAGAUAACUCACUGGACAUGUGGAGUACACUCUACAAGGUGUUACAUCUGGGACCUUCGAAUACUGCUGAGACACGUCGUAACUGGGAUAAUUCCUGUCUCAUCAUUGCUGAAAUCUUAUCUCUCUGCAAGUAUUGUAAUGUCAUUUUAGAACGGAAUAAAUUGCAAAAUGCAAUAAUUAUAACUAGAACAUGUGCAACCAAAACUUACAAGUCUAAGCUUGUUAGAUCAAUACCUGAUCAUUCAGACUGGUUCUGCAAUUUGUUAAUUACCCUAUAUCACUAUGAUGCCACAUGAAAACAAUCUUGGUUUA